AUGGCCAAGCUUGCAGCUCUCUUAGCAGCCCUCAUCCUCGUGGCCCACGUCACAUCCGCCUUCCGCACCACCGUCACCACCAUCGAGUCCGAUGAGAACCCCAUCGGCCGCCGUGGCAGCCGCGAGCAAUGCCGCCAGCAGGUCGAGCAGCGGAACCUGAACCACUGCAUGCGCUACCUGCAGGAGCAGCAACGGGGUCUCGGCGAUGAGCUCAAUGUCAGCCACUACGACCAGUGCUGCAACGAGCUGAGGAUGAUCCGCGACGAGCAGUGCCGCUGCGAGGGGCUGCAGAUGGAGAUGGAGCGUGAGCAGCAGCAAGGAAGGAUGAGGCGUCAGGAGCUGAGGAAGAUGAUGCAGAGCGCUCAGAUGUUGCCCAACACGUGCGGGAUGAGGCCUUCCCAGUGUCAAUUUGACAUGCCCUACUACUGA